GCUGAACACAUUCGGACGGACAGAGACAGACUGGAGUACAGUACAGUUACAGCAGCAGCCGUUUCAUGAUGCUCGCGCUCGUGGCGUUCGCGGCGGGUUUAGGGCUCGUCGCGCUGAUUUUAAGGCUGCUUUCUCCUCAGAUCAGGAAAUACGCUGCAGGAGGAUUAUGUCGAUCCACAGCGCGGUUAGAUGGAAAAGUUGCAUUGGUCACAGGAGCAAACUCAGGAAUCGGGAAAGAGACAGCUUUGGAUUUGGCUUCUCGAGGAGCUCGAGUGAUUCUGGCAUGUCGGGAUAUGGAGAAGGCGGAGGAGGUGGCGGCAGAGAUCCGCACGAGAGUGGGAGGAGCUAAAGUGGAGGUGCGGGAGCUGGACCUGGCGGACUGCUGCUCCAUCAGGGCCUUCGCGCAGAGAUUCCUCAGAGAGGUGGAUCACCUGCACAUCCUCAUCAAUAAUGCUGGUGUUAUGAUGUGUCCUUAUAUGAAAACUGCUGAUGGGUUUGAGAUGCAGAUCGGGGUCAAUCAUCUUGGUCACUACCUGCUGACGUAUCUCCUCAUUGGUCUGCUGAAGCGCAGCGCUCCUUCACGAAUCGUGGUCGUUUCCUCCCUGGCACAUAACUUCGGCUGGAUUCGAUUCCACGACCUGCACAGUCAGGGCAGCUACAACAGCGGACUUGCCUACUGCCAGAGCAAACUCGCUAAUGUGCUUUUCACUCGUGAGCUGGCGCGCAGACUCCAGGGGUCGAAUGUGACUGUGAACUCUGUGCAUCCUGGGACGGUGAGGUCAGAGCUGGUGCGUCAUUCUACGCUGAUGUCCCUGCUGUUCGCUUUCUUCUCGAUGUUCCUGAAAUCCCCGAAAGAAGGAGCUCAGACCUCCAUCUACUGCGCCGUCGCUGAGGAGCUCCAGUCAAUCUCAGGCAAACAUUUUAGUGACUGCGCUCCUGCUUUUGUGGCCCCUCAGGGACGGAGCGAGGAAACGGCGCGCAAACUGUGGGAUGUAAGCUGUGAAUUAUUAGGCAUCGAGUGGGACUGAAACAUUCAUUUGACCUGCUUCAUUUCUCCAUGCUUAAUUUUCAGCGAUCAUUCUUCUCAUGUCUUUAGUUGGAUAUUUGUUUGGUUUUUGUUUUUCUAUUGGCUUUCAGUUGCACAACCUACAAUUAUCUUCUAUCAUGCCCGUGUGACAAGCAAGUUUUGAGUUGGUUUUACUCUGGAACUUUCUGUAAGGCAUUUUAAAACGUGUUUAAUUGUGUUGGUAUUUUGAACGCUGCUUUAAUUCUCAUCUCAGUAUUCUCACAUGAAGCUGCAUAUUGAAAUCUUUUAUACAGAUGUGCUUUUGACUACUGUGGUACAUUCAUAACCAGAGAUGAAUAUUUAAAUAUAUACAGUGACAAAACGAAAUGUGUCAUUUUUGUAUUUGUUUUUACUUUAUUUGCUAAAUAAUACAAAUACACCAGGAAAUAAUAUUAACAACUCAAAGUAAUAUUACCAGUCAUUAUUAAAAUAAUAUAAGUUUUAAAAAUGAAACAUUAUUCUAAAAAAAACUGACCUCAUUUAUUUAGUUAGAUAAGUCAGUAUUUUUGUAUAGACAAAUGUAAUUUAAUAACUGUUUUUAAUUAUUAUCUCCCUUCAGUGCACAUUUGCUCUCAUUUGUCACUCUAAUUGAAUGAAUUAAAUACAGUCUCUUUGGCAAAGUCUCUGUAACAGUCGCAUACAAUGUAAUAUGUGCAUAGGCCCUGCGAGCAGAUUUAUUUUAUGUCUUUUUCUAUUCUCGAAAUAAAAUAAUACAAGAAACAAAA